AAGAAAAAUUUUAGACAAGGAAUUUUUUCAUUCAAAGCGAAUUUAAACUCCGAAUUAUACACCAAUUCCACAUAAUAUGCCUUCAGAAUCCGCCAAGAAACGUCAAGCAAAGAAAAAGGCGGCAGCACAGUCAAGGGGGAAGCCAAAAGCGGCAGCAAACUCAAAAGAAGAACAAAUUUCAAAUGGCGUCGAGCAAAGUCUCGAGCUUUCUUCACGAGCUUGUACCGGCGUUUUGGCCUCACAUCCUUUAGCAAAAGAUCUCAAGAUCGAGAACUUCUCUAUAACUUUUCAUGGCGUUGAACUACUGAAAGAUGCCAAGUUAGAGUUGAACUGUGGUAGAAGAUACGGAUUUAUUGGGCUGAAUGGUUGUGGUAAAUCCACCAUGUUGAUGGCCAUUGGUAAAAGAGAGAUUCCCAUCCCAGAACACUUUGACAUCUUUCAUUUACACGGAGAAAUAGAAGCUAGUGAUAAAACUGCACUCCAGGCUGUUAUGGAGGUUGAUAAAGAGCGACACAGGCUGGAGGCAGAGGCUGCCGAGCUAGCUCACCUUGGCGAUGAAGCAAGUGAUCGAUUAUUUGAGGUAUAUGAGAGACUGGAGGAGCUAGAUGCCGAAAAAGCUGAGGUCUUAGCUGCCGAGAUUCUCCAUGGACUGGGCUUUACAAAAACCAUGCAAAACACAUGUACUAAAGACUUUUCUGGUGGAUGGAGAAUGAGAAUAGCAUUAGCUAGAGCUUUAUUUCUUAAACCUUCAGUCCUACUUCUUGAUGAACCAACUAACCAUUUGGAUCUUGAUGCUUGUGUAUGGCUGGAGGAAGAAUUAAAAGACUAUAAAAGAAUUUUAGUCAUAGUGUCUCAUUCCCAAGAUUUUCUUAAUGGAGUCUGUACAAAUAUUAUUCAUCUAACACAAGGAAAACUCAAUUAUUAUGGAGGAAAUUAUGAUUCUUAUAUUAAAACAAGAUCUGAAUUAGAGGAGAAUCAAAUGAAACAGUACAACAGAGAACAGGAUGAAAUAAAACACAUGGUGAACUAUAUUGCUAGAUUUGGUCAUGGUUCUGCAAAGCUUGCUAGACAAGCUCAAAGUAAAGAGAAAGUUCUUGCAAAAAUGAAGGCUGGAGGUUUGACAGAAAAAGUUUUCAGAGACAAGACACUUAGUUUCUACUUUCCUGACUGCGGCAAGCUUCCACCUCCUGUCAUUUCAGUUCAGAUGAUGAGUUUCAGAUAUUCUGUAGAUAAGCCAUACAUCUACAAGAAUCUAGACUUUGGAUUAGAUCUUGAUACAAGAGUGGCUCUAGUAGGACCAAAUGGAGCAGGCAAAUCAACUCUUUUAAAAUUAAUAGAAGGAUCCUUGACUCCUACUGAUGGUCUUAUAAGACGGCACGGACACUUGAAGAUCUGUAGAUAUCAUCAGCAUUUACAAGACAUGCUUGAAUUAGAGCUCUCUGCUCUGGAGUUCAUGAUGAAAUGUUUUACUGAGGUGAAAGAAAUAGAAGACAUGAGAAAAUCCAUUGGAAGAUACGGACUGACAGGCAAACAGCAGACAUGUCCCAUGGCUAACCUGUCAGAUGGUCAGAGAUGUCGUGUAGUCUUUGCAUGGCUAGCCUUCCAGACUCCCCACCUCCUGUUGCUUGACGAACCUACAAAUCAUUUGGACAUGGAGACAAUUGAUUCACUUGCUGAAGCCAUCAAUGAUUUUGAAGGUGGUCUUCUUCUUGUGAGCCAUGACUUUAGACUCAUCAAUCAGGUUGCUGAAGAAAUUUGGGUGUGUGAAAAGCAGACAAUUACUCCAUGGAAAGGAGACAUUAUAUCAUACAAGGAGGAGUUAAAGAAAAGGGUUGAUAAGGAAAAAGCAAAAGCAAGAAGAGCCAAAAUAAACCAACGUUGAUAAUUUAUAACUUUAACCAGCAAGGGAAAGAGUAUUUUUUGUUUCUUGUGAUAAUCAUUGGUGGUGUGGGCUGCAAAUGUACCAUCUCUUACUGCUGUGGUCAAGGGUUUGAUGCUUGACUUUGCCAUCAUAUGUGAGUAGAGUUGCUUGUUGCUUCCCCCUUCCAUUCAAUGAUUUUGAUUUUUCUCUGAGUUCUCUAAACUAAACUACUUUUAUAAAGGGGAAGCAUAACACAGUCUUUCCAUUGCAACCAGUCACAAAGCCUUAGUCCAAUAAACCUGAAGCGAGAUGACGUUUUACCCCCGUCUCUAGACCAUAAUCCUUUUCACAUUGCUUUUGUUCUUUAAUUAUGACUAUU